CCCGCUCCCGGCGCCCCAGCGCGGCACCCGUGCCCAGGCCCGCCGGCGCCAGGUUGUCUUCCGAAUUUUGUGUCUGAAGGUACCCUCUUGCUUUCUCAGCAAAUCAUGGACAUCGUUGGCUUUCUGAAGUCUCAAUUCAUUUGCCACCUUCUGAUCUGCUACAUAUUUAUAGUGUCAGGACUGAUCAUUAACUUCAUUCAACUCUUUACACUUAUACUUUGGCCAAUCAACAAGCAACUGUUCAGGAGGAUCAACUGCAGGCUGGCUUACUGCAUUUCAAGCCAGAUGGUGAUGUUGCUGGAAUGGUGGUCAGGCACCGAUUGCACCCUCUACACUGAUCCAGAGAGUUACGACAAAUAUGGGAAGGAGAAUGCCAUUGUAAUCCUUAAUCACAACUUCGAAAUUGACUUUCUCUGUGGAUGGAACUUUUGUGAGAGAUUUGGCGUCUUGGGGAGUUCCAAAGUGCUCGCAAAGAAGGAGCUCUCCUACAUGCCUAUCAUUGGCUGGAUGUGGUAUUUCCUAGAGAUAGUCUUCUGCAAGCGCAAGUGGGAGGAAGAUCGGAAAACAGUCAUACAGAAGUUGCUGAGUCUCCGGGACUACCCUGAAAACUUUUGGUUCCUGAUUCAUUGCGAGGGCACAAGGUUCACAGAACAGAAGCACCAGAUUAGCAUGCAGGUAGCCGAAGCCAAAGGUCUGCCCAAGCUCAAGUAUCACCUACUGCCACGAACGAAAGGAUUUGCUGUCACCGUGCAGUGUUUGAGAAAUGUAGUUUCUGCAGUCUACGAUUCUACCCUCAAUUUUAGAAAUAAUGAAAAUCCAACAUUGCUGGGAGUUCUAAAUGGAAAAAAAUAUCAUGCAGAUUUGUAUGUAAGGCGGAUUCCACUAGAGGAAGUCCCAGAAGAUGAGCAGGAAUGUUCUACCUGGCUCCACAAACUAUAUCAAGAAAAGGAUGCAUUCCAGGAAGAGUAUUACCGAACAGGAACCUACCCAGCAGUCCCUAUAGUGCCACCCCAUCGACCAUGGACACUUUUGAACUGGCUUUUCUGGGCCUUAUUGCUGCUAUAUCCCUUGUUCAAGCUGCUCAUCAACAUGAUCAACAGUGGAUCAUCACUGACACUGGCUAGUUUUGCAUUUGUCAUUAUAAUAGCUUCUGUUGGUGUCAGAUGGAUGAUCGGGGUUACAGAAAUUAACAAGGGCUCCACCUAUGGCAACAAUGAAAACAAGCAGAAAUGAAAGUAGCAUCUUCAGAGACUGCUUCAAUCCAAAGGGAACAAAUGCAACUGCUGAAAACUCUUAAGUGCAUAUUCAAGUGAGAUCAGAGGAGAGGUAGGAUGAGCAAUUGCCAUGCAUAUCCGAAUUUGUGCUCCUGUUGUUUUUCUCUGGGAGUCUGGGCUGAUGACACGCUUGAAAGAUGCACUCCUUCGUAUCCUCUCCGCAACAGGUUUGCAUUUGUGUGAUUGGUUUGUUUUCCUAUGAAGUGUCUUAAGUUUUGAAGAAAAAAAUAUAAAUUCCAGUGAGCUUAUAUGAAGAGACUGGAAACUAACCAGAGGUGCAGGCUUUAAUGUCAGGAGAUUGUUACAAGAUGAUUAAAAUUGAUAGUUGUGUAGAUCACACAGUUUAACAACCAUAAUCUGUCAGUGUUUAAAUACAGUACAGUAAGAUGCUGUGCUUGGAUAUACCAGUAUUGGACUGAAGCAGCUCUACUGAACUGGUAGAACUGCAGUAGAGUUUUUGUACAUCUAGAACUUACCGCCACAGCGUGACUAUGGGGCCCUUUAAAACUUCAGCCAGGCCCUGGACAUGCAGACAUCAGAGCCUUCAGUAGCAUAACCUGGAGCAAAAUUGGGCCUUCUGGCCUGAGCAGAGCUAAGGUAGCCACUGCCAUCUCUUUCCUGAGGCCGUACAUCUGAGGGAUAGCUGAAACCCGUGAUUCUUCUGAGAGUAAAUUCAAUUUAUGGUUUGGAAAAACUGACAUAAUAAAAUUUCUUUUGGCUUUAAACACUACUUAAGAUUCUAAGCCUUCCUAGCAGUGGUGGGAAGAAAAUAACUGGGCAUGGUGUAGUGAAAUAAUGCAAAGUGUGCAUUAAAAUGUAUGCCCCACACCCAUACUGUAGUGAUCCUAAUUAAUCUGCGUGUCUGUCUUUUCUGAUAAAUUAGUUUACUUGGUGCCUCAUAACAGCCUGUGGUAAUAGUUAAAUUAUCUUUUCUUUUGGGGAGAAGAGGGGAACUGGGACAAAGACCUAGGACAGCAAUAUCAUUCAGGUUUUUUUUAUAUCUGUCUGAACUUGAUUUGACCCCCUUCUGAAUUAAAUAAAACUAGAAUCCUCAGGAAAACACCGUUGCUCUGACUUUCCUGAUCCUGAUUUCAGGGCAGAGGCCUCCUGUUUUUAAACUUCCAGAGUUAAGAAUCUGCAGAUAACUAAAAAGAACUUAAUAGAAUCACAGAAAACAAGAAAAAAAAACCCACAAAAACCCCCAAGGAAAAGAGGGGAUUUCUAAAUACCAGCAAUUAUGAUUGGAAAAAAGCCACAGUCUUAAAAUCUACAGCUCCUGAUACUUUGGAGUGGAGAUUAUGACUGGCACUUUCAAAGACAGUCCAUUUCCACUGCGCCUAGAACUAAACAGGGAUAGUCUCUAGU